CUAUCUAUUGGAGGGUUCUUGACACAUUGUAGGUGGAACUCAGUACUUGAGAGUUUGUCUGCUGAAGUGCCUAUGCUUUGCUCUCCAAUCUUCGGUGACCAACUGACGAACUGCAGGUUCGCUUGUGUUGGAUGGGGGAUUGGGAUGGAGAUUAGCAGUGAUGCAAAGAGAGAUGAAGUAGAGAAGCUGGUGAGAGAGUUGAUGGAGGGUGAGAAAGGAAAACAACUGAAACGCAAUGUGAUAGAAUGGAAAAAAAUGGCAGAAGAGGCUACCGGUCCAAUUGGUUCUUCUUUUGUUAAUUUUGACAAGGUGGUGAAGGAAGUUCUUGUCUCAAAAUAGUCUAAAUAAAGGGUGAUUGAGAUAAGAAAGUAUUUGUUCUGUGUUUAAUAAUUAAAACUUCUAAAUGGUGGUACUGAUAUUUAUUUGUUUGAUAUGCUUCUUUGACAUCGAUCGAUGUGCAUAAAGCAAGCAGAUAGUAACUUGA